UCCCCCCUUCCCGUUAAAAGGUUGAGUACCGGAGUCCGCCUGAUUCUGACGUGCUGCUCCCCCUCCCUUGGUCCGUGGUACUCUACGCAACUGAGCAGUCAGGAUCGCACUAGACCAACCUAGCAAUAAUAAAAGAAGAAACGCCACUGAUUCAAGGCUCCCAGGCACUGUUCAUAUGGAGCAACCAUUUCAACUGCUGGCUGCAAAGACAGAGCUGUACCGCAACGCAAAAUCAAAAAUAUAACGCAUCUGCACAUAUUCUCUCAAGGCCCCAUCCACUGCAUACUCAGUGACAGACCCUAAAACAAUAAAGAUUUAUGGCUGACCAAGUAGACAGGAUAAGAGCGGCGAGUGCCUGAAGAAAUGCCUUAAGUCAUUUUAACACUCAUCUGGGAUGACUCGGGAAGAGGUUGCUCAUCAUGAUGAAGCGGUUUCUGAAAGGAGCCUGGAACUACCAAAAACUGCUCAUCAUCAUUCUCACUCCUCUGCUGUUGCUACCUCUUCCACUGGUCAUCCAAAAAAAGGAGUCUGAAUGUGCGUUCACACUUUGUGUAAUGGCAGUGUACUGGCUGACAGAAGCACUGCCACUGGCUGCCACAGCUCUGCUUCCAGCUUUGCUUUUCCCUCUUUUUGGUAUCAUGACGUCCUCGCAGGUGGCUGGGGUGUACUUCAAAGACUUUCACUUGCUGUUGAUUGGGGUCAUCUGCCUGGCAACAUCCAUAGAGAAGUGGGGUCUCCACAGGAGGAUAGCACUGCGGCUGGUCACUGUAGUUGGUGUCAAUCCUGGAUGGCUGAUGUUGGGCUUCAUGAGCAGUUGUGCCAUCCUCUCCAUGUGGGUCCAGAACACGUCCGCCGUUGCCAUGGUGAUGCCAAUCGUGGAGGCAGUAAUUCAGCAGAUUUUAAAUGCAGAGGGAGAGGGUGAGCAGCGCCAGCAGGCACGGACGGGCACCAGCAACCUUGGUCUAGAGCUGGAAGAGUCUGAGGGACCCUGUGAGACGAACGAGGAGCCAAUAAAUAGAACAAAUGAGCAACCAGAUGCAGUAGAUCACAGUAUUUCAGCAGAUGUGCACUGCCAGACCAAUAUAGAUGGCCGCUACCAGAGCAGGAGAGAACAUAUGAUGUGUAAGGGGCUGUGCCUCAGCAUUGCAUACUCCUCCUCUAUAGGAGGGAUAUCCACCCUGCCCGGGACCUCACCAAACCUCAUCUUUGCAGAAUACAUCAACCAAUUCUACCCAGAAUGCACCUCUGUGAACUUCGGAAACUGGAUCAUCUUAUGUUUGCCAAUCAGUGUCAUUGCUCUGCUGUUGACGUGGAUAUGGCUGCACUGGAUGUUCAUUGGCUCAGACUUCAGGGCCCUGUUCCGCCCUAGUGGAGAGCGCUCUGGAAGAGAGACAGCAACAGCCAGAGUCAUAGAGGAGGAAUACAGCAUGCUAGGGCCUAUGAGUCCUCAGGAGAUUGUGACUGGGGCAAUGUUCAUCUUGAUGGCAUCUCUGUGGGUCUUUAGGGACCCUGGCUUUAUUACAGGCUGGUCCUCCCUCUUCUUCCCUCAACAUUCAGGGCAUGUAAGUGAUGCAACUGUGGCCAUACUGCUGGGGGUUAUGUUUUUCGUCAUGCCAGCACACAAGCCAUCUACAGAUCUACAGAAAGAUGGCAGGAGCUAUGAGGCCAUGAUCUCUUGGAAAGAGUUCCAGGCCUGUAUGCCAUGGGAAGUUGCCCUGCUUGUUGGUGGAGGCUUUGCACUUGCUGAGGGCACAAAGGUGUCCGGUCUUUCCUCCUACGUGGCAAACCUCCUCUCCCCCCUGGGGAGUCUCCCUGUCAUAGCCACUGUCACCAUUGCCUGUGUCAUCGUCACGUCCGUCACAGAGGUGGCCAGUAACGCAGCCACCAUCACCAUCUUCCUCCCCAUCCUUGGCCCACUGGCUGAAUCUCUCCAUGUAAAUCCGCUCUACAUGCUGAUUCCCACAACUCUCUGCACAUCCUUCGCCUAUCUGCUUCCCUCAUCCAACCCUUCCAAUGCAAUUGUGUUUUCCUAUGGCCAUCUCACAACUAUGGACAUGGUGAAGGCUGGGAUUGGUGUGAAUGUGAUCUGUGUCCUUGCAGUGCUAUUUGCUGUGACAACAUGGGGGAUUCCAUUGUUUGAUCUAGAUACCUACCCUGAUUGGGCACGGACUCCACCCCAGACAAAUUUCUCUACAUGGUGAAAUCAGUAAAUAAAAAAUUUGAUA